AGUACAUCCAUCCACCGAAGUACUGACGUUUCGCUGUGCCAUCGCAUGGCCGACGUGUGCAUUCCGAGAUUCGCUUUCGCGUGGUACCCGCUGUGUCACAAGUACCGCUUUUAAAACGUAAUACUUGUGGCAAACAUCAACAUACUGAUCUCAAAAGAAAAAUUUGUAGAUCCGGCUUUCACGACGACGUGGACCACCUUUCCAGGCUUCGUCCCGUUGGUGUUAAAAGAUUAAUUUACUAGAAUAUCGUAAGCCGCGACCACGCGACAGAACGCGCAGCAAUGUCCAACGAGGAGACUUCCGCUGACCGCAAUGUUGAGAUUUGGAAAAUUAAGAAACUCAUAAAAAGCCUUGAAAUGGCCAGAGGGAAUGGGACUAGCAUGAUUUCAUUAAUCAUUCCUCCAAAAGAUCAAAUAUCGAGAGUAAGCAAAAUGUUAGCAGACGAGUUUGGUACUGCAUCAAAUAUUAAGUCUCGUGUAAAUAGACUCUCUGUUUUGGGUGCAAUCACAUCAGUCCAACAUAGGCUAAAAUUAUAUACUAAAGUACCUCCAAAUGGCCUGGUAAUAUACUGUGGUACCAUUGUAACGGAAGAAGGAAAAGAAAAGAAAGUUAACAUUGAUUUUGAACCUUUUAAACCUAUUAAUACUUCUCUUUAUCUUUGCGAUAACAAGUUUCACACCGAGGCACUUACAGCAUUGCUUGCUGAUGAUAAUAAGUUUGGUUUUAUAGUAAUGGAUGGUAAUGGAGCAUUGUUUGGUACGCUACAAGGAAAUACCCGCGAGGUUCUACACAAAUUUACUGUAGAUCUUCCAAAGAAGCAUGGCAGAGGAGGACAGUCGGCUCUCCGUUUCGCUCGAUUACGUAUGGAAAAGCGACACAAUUAUGUCCGAAAAGUUGCCGAAGUUGCUACUCAACUGUAUAUUACUAAUGAUAAACCUAAUAUCGCCGGAUUGAUUUUAGCGGGUAGUGCUGACUUUAAAACGGAACUUAGUCAGUCCGAUAUGUUUGAUCCGAGAUUACAAGCGAAGGUCAUAAAAUUAGUAGAUGUCUCGUACGGUGGAGAGAAUGGUUUUAAUCAAGCUAUCGAAUUAGCUGCUGAAUCUUUACAGAAUGUAAAAUUCAUUCAAGAGAAGAAAUUAAUUGGUCGUUACUUCGAUGAAAUUUCACAAGAUACGGGAAAAUAUUGUUUUGGUGUAGAAGAUACUCUAAGAGCAUUAGAAUUAGGUAGCGUGGAAACUCUUAUUUGUUGGGAAAAUUUAGAUAUACAGAGAUACGUUUUAAAGAAUCAUACAAAUGCAGAAGAAAAGGUUUUGCAUUUAACGCCGGAACAGGAAAAAGACAAAACUCAUUUCACUGAUAAGGAAAGCGGAGUAGAAUUGGAGCUUGUAGAAUGUCAACCGCUACUCGAAUGGCUUGCAAACAACUACAAAAGUUUUGGCGCCACUUUGGAAAUCAUUACUGACAAAUCUCAGGAAGGUUCUCAGUUUGUAAGAGGUUUCGGCGGAAUCGGAGGAAUCCUCCGCUACAAAGUUGAUUUCCAGUCACUGCAGGCUGAUGAGCCUCUUGAUGAUGUUGACCUCGAUGAUUACUAAUUUCAUCUGUGAAAUACUCAAAGUUGACCAGCUUGCAUAUUGGGAAAGGUAUAUUGCGGUACAAAGUGGACUUUCAGAGUAUGCAGUUGGAAGAUGUUGAAGUUGACAGUUUUGAUCUGGAUGACUAUUAAAUCCGUGACACAACAGACAGUUCUUUUAGCUUCAGAGAGAAACAUAAGUAUAUGUUCUCUCUUGCAUCAUACUUCAAAGGAAAGCACAUAGAAGGACAUGUUUAUAAAAUUUAUACGAUGCAGUACAUACGUCAUAAAAUUAUUCAAACAAUUCGCAAUUGAUACGUAAAAGUAAAAAAAAAAAAGGCAUAACACGUGGCGCGCCGAUAAUCCAUGUCCAUGAAGAAAGAAAAGGCAACUCGACUGUGACACUUAAUUAAGCCAGCUUGAUACCUGCCUAUUUCACGCAACAUUACCUUCUAUUGCAAAUUACAUUCUUUAAUUAUUCAAAUGGAUUUAUUUCAAUAAUUACACGCGCUACAAUGCUGAAUUACAUGGUUUGGGAUAUAAUAAUUUUGUAUCAAAUUGAUGUUCAUCAUCUUCCAUCAUUGAUUUUAUGAUUUAAAAAAAACAGGAACAAUAAUAUUUGGCAGCACGAGGAUGAAUGUAGCGAUAUUUUUGUUCAGACACACAAUCAUGGAGAAGCUGUAAUAAACUGAUUAUUAUAAACAUAAAAAAGUUGCUUAUCGUGCAUUCUAUACCGAUUACUAAAUUCAUAUGAAUAAUAAAGAGUUCUGUACAUAGACUUAAAUUUUUAAUGGCACUGUUGCCUUAGACAUAAGUUAAGAAUUGCGUAAUGUCCCGGAAAACUUCCAUCUUUCCGACUCACCGAGUGAUACACAUGUAAACAUAAGAGAAUUCUUUCGUAAAACUACAUUAACUUCGCUGGCUAUCGACUCUUAUAUUUUGUACAUUCACAAUUGUAUAUAACAAAUGCUCCGCAAAUGUAUCGAAAUGUAUCUUUUCGAUUGUUAUAAAAACGGUGCACACUAUUAGUAAAGAAGUAUCUUCUGCAAUAUCUAAGUGGCAGUUAUUUGAAAAUAUUACAAAAUUUAUUUUAACAUUGUUAAUUUAAUUUGCUUACUCAUAUGAUGCCUUUGUAAUAAACAAUAAUAUGUAUGUAUAAAUGUGAAAAGUAUGAAACGUGCAAUUUUGGUGAAGUAUCUUUUAUGGAAUAUCAAUGUAUAAUAAAGGAAGGUUCGCGGAUAUUGUGAAUCGUUGGUGGAAAUAAUGUGUUAUUAAUUAAUAGUAUAAUUAGAUUAUUUAUACUAUUACACUGUAUGCGAUCCAGGGAUAAAGCUUUAUUAAAAAAAAAAAAAAAA